AUGGCGACCGAGGAAGCAUCCAGAGAUCCAGCUACAUCUACGAGCAAACGUAACACCGACCUUGAGGCACUUUCGUUGAAUUACCUGCGAAGUCAAGAUAUUUCAGUAGUUCCCGAUGAUAACAACAUACAAAAACUUCAGCCGUGUAAACUGUGCAAUAAAGCUAUACUUGGCUUUAAUCUCGAAGCAUUUACGGUAUUAGAUUGUGGGCACUUAUUCCAUCGAAUAUGCCUUGAAAAACACAUUAUUCGAGGUGCGACAAAAUAUCCUACGUGUCCUACUUGCAACACCGAUAUUGAGAUUUUUAGAGAAGAAACCGCACUUGCUUCUGGAGAAUGUGCAGUGCUUCCUGCAGAAAAGGGGGAGGCGUCCCAGCAAUCUAACGUAACCAUCGUCGAUGAUGGUGAUGGCGAUUUGGAGGAAAUGAUAAGACUAGGAUUGAUUGGAAAAGAUGAACUCUCUGAAAAAACAAAGCAAGUUACUAAAGAGGAUCGUGGAACAAGCCCUGCAAAUGUGCAUAUUACCCCUUCUACUGUGCAAGUUCGUUCAGAAGAUCAGACCCCUAUAGAUGCAAAUGUUGAUAAUUCUUCAAAAUCGAUACAAAAUCAAUUAACGAGCACAAGUGAAAAUAUGCUUCCUGGAAACGACUCUCUGAGUCGUGAUACUAUCAAACGAAUUUUACCAUCCAAACGCACCGAUGUUCCCGAAGAAGACAUCUCUAAUAAAAAACAAAAAAUAUUAGACGAUUCGUGGAUGG